GACCUCCAAGCUCUCUCACCAUGAACAGACAAGUCUGCAAGACAUCUGGUGGCAGCAGCCAUGGAUUCUCGGGCCGCUCUGCCGUGGUCUCCGGCAGCAGCAGGAUGAGCUGUGUGGCCCGCUCUGGGGGAGCUGGCGGAGGAGCCUGUGGGUUCCGGGCCGGAGCAGGCGGCUUUGGCAGUCGCAGCCUCUACAGCCUGGGUGGCAACAAGAGCAUCUCCAUCAGUGUGGCUGGUGGCUCCCGGGUUGGUGGCUUUGGGGGAGGGCGUAGCAGCUGUGGCAGUGGCUUUGGAGGUGGCUUUGGAGGUGGCUAUGGAGGUGGCUAUGGUGGUGGCUUUGGUGGUGGUAGAGGAAUGGGAGGUGGCUUUGGAGGAGCUGGUGGCUUAGGAGGGGCUGGUGGCUUUGGUGGAGCCGGUGGUUUUGGUGGGCCUGGUGGCUUUGGUGGGCUUGGUGGCUUUGGUGGGCCUGGUGGCUUUGGUCCUGGUGGCUUCCCUGGAGGAAUCCAGGAAGUGACUGUCAACCAGAGCCUCCUGCAGCCCCUCAAUGUGGAGAUUGACCCCCAGAUUGGACAAAUAAAGACCCAGGAGCGGGAGCAGAUCAAGACCCUCAACAACAAGUUUGCCUCCUUCAUCGACAAGGUGAGGUUCUUGGAACAGCAGAACAAGGUCCUGGAGACCAAAUGGGAGCUGCUCCAGCAACAGACCACAGGCUCUGGCUCAGGACCCAACAACUUGGAGCCUUUCUUUGAAUCCUACAUCAGCUUCCUGCGCAGGCAGUUGGAUUUGGCUCUGGGGGAGAGAGGGAACUUGGAAGCAGAGCUGAAGAACAUGCAGGACCUUGUGGAAGACUUCAAAAAGAAGUAUGAAGAUGAGAUUAACAAGCGCAAUGCGGCUGAGAAUGAGUUUGUGGGGCUCAAGAAGGAUGUGGAUGCGGCGUACAUGAACAAGGUGGAGCUGCAGGCCAAGGUGGACAGCCUGACAGAUGAACUGAACUUCCUGAGGACCCUCUAUGAGAUGGAACUGUCUCAGAUGCAGAGUCAUGUCAGUGAUACGUCUGUUGUCCUGUCCAUGGACAACAACCGCUGCCUGGACCUGGACAGCAUCAUUGCCGAAGUCAAGGCCCAGUACGAGGACAUUGCCCAAAGGAGCAAGGCAGAGGCUGAGGCGCUGUACCAGACCAAGCUUGGGGAACUGCAGACCACCGCCGGUAGGCAUGGGGAUGACCUGAAGAACACUAAGAGUGAGAUCAUGGAACUCAACAGGGUGAUCCAGAGGCUGCGGGCUGAGAUUGAGAAUGUUAAGAAGCAGAAUGCCAACCUGCAGGCGGCCAUUGCUGAAGCUGAGCAGCGUGGGGAGAUGGCCCUCAAGGAUGCCAAUGCUAAGCUCCAAGGCUUGCAGACUGCCCUACAGAAGGCCAAGGAUGAUCUGGCCCGGCUGCUGAAAGAAUACCAGGAGUUGAUGAAUGUGAAGCUAGCACUGGAUGUGGAAAUUGCCACCUACAGGAAGCUGUUGGAGGGCGAGGAGUGCAGGAUGUCCGGAGAGUGUCAGAGUGCUGUGAGCAUUUCAGUGGUCAGCAAUGUCACCAGCACAAGCAGCAGCUCUGGUGGAAGCCGUGGAGGGUUCAGUGGCAGCAGCAGCGGUGGCUACAGAGGCAGCAGCAGCAGCAGCAGAGGCAACAGUGGUGGCUACGGAGGGGUCAGUGGCAGCAGUGGCAGCGGCUACGGGAUCAGCAGUGGCAGCAGUGGGGGCUACCAGAGUGGCAGCAGUGGGGGCUACCAGAGUGGCAGCAGUGGGGGCUACCAGAGUGGUAGCAGUGGGGGCUACCAGAGUGGUAGCAGUGGGAGCAGGCUUAGUAGCGGAAGCAGCACCUCUGUGAGUCAGAAUGGAAUUGGCUCCAGCUCUGGUGGCAUCCACACCUCAGGAGGCAGCAGCUAUAAGUCUGGCAGUGGAGGCAGCACUGGGAUCCGCUUCUCCCAGACCACCAGCUCAAGUCAGCACUGCUCCAAGUGA